AUGGCUGAUGACAAGCCCCUCCAGCUAUACAGCGCUGGACUUGUAUUUGCGCCAAUGAAUUCAAUAGUUCGAAAAUUAUUCGAUAAAGAGCUCCCUGAUUGGAUCUGUAAGUUACCAGAAGUGCAAAAAACAUGGCCCGCAGAAUUGCAGUCUCUUGAGGGUCAUUCGGGUACUAUUAUGUCGGUGAUAUUCUCUCUAGAUGGUAGAUGGCUAGCGUCAGGCUCCCGGGACGACACUGUGCGGCUCUGGAAUGCUACCACCGGCGCGCUGCAAUAUAUUCUUAAGGGUCAUGAAGAUCGGGUAAUAUCAGUGGCAUUAUCUCCCAAUAGCCGGCUCCUAGCAUCUGGCUCCCGAGAUUCCACUAUCCGGCUUUGGGACACCACCACAGGCGCACUAUUGCAGGUUCUUAGGGGCCAUAGAGAUCGAGUCAGAUCAGUGGCCUUCUCUCCCGACGGCAGGCUACUGGCAUCUGGCUCCCGGGAUAAAACAUUACGGCUCUGGGAUGUAGCUACAGGCGUGCUGCAGAAGAGCCUGGAAGGCCAUGAAAAUCGUGUUGUCUCAGUGGCAUUCUCUCCAGACGGUGGUCUGCAACAGACUCUCGAGGGCGAUUCAAGUAUAGUUACGUCAGUAUCAUUCUCUCCUAACGGCCAGCAGCUAGUGUCUAGCUUCUGGGAUGGCACCAUACGACUGUACGAUGUCGAGACAGGUAUAGUGCAGCAGAUCCUUGAGGGGCAUUUGGGCAUAGUUGAGUUGGUCGCAUUCUGUCCAGACGGCCGUUUACUCGCAUCUGGCUCCCGGGAUGGCAUCAUACGACUUUGGGAUGCCGCCAACGACCUACUUCAGCAAACUCUUGAAGGCCAUUCAAGUCUAGUCACGUCAGUGUCAUUCUCCUUGACCGGCCAGCAGUUAGCGUCCGGCUCCUGGGACAGCACCAUGAGGCUCUGGGAUGCCGCUACGGGCGCGCCACAGCAAAUCCUUAAUGGCCAUUCGCAGCCAGUUGAGGUGAUAACAUUCUCUCCCGACGGCCAGCUACUAGCAUCCGGCUCCAGGGACAGCACCGUGAGGCUCUGGGAUACUUCCACAGUGAGACUGUGGAGUAUCGCCACGCAUCUGUCCCAGCAGGUUCUUGAAGGCCAUUCAAACUCAGUUGACUCUGUAGCAUUCUCUUCCGAUGGCCAACUACUAGCAUCCGGCUCUCGGGAUUCCACUAUCCGGAUUUGGGAUGCCGCCACUGGCCUGUUGCGGCAAACCCUCGUGGGACAUUCAAACUGGAUUACAACGGUGGCAUUCUCUCGUGACAACCGGUUGUUGGUAUCUGGACCUGGCCCCCAGAGUACGACCACGCGGAAUACGACUAUAUGGCUCUGGGAUCCCGCUCGAGACGCACAAGUGUCCGAACCUUGGGAUGGCGCCGUGCGGCUCUGGGACGUUGUUACUGGUGCACUGCAGCAGACGUUUCAUGUUGAAGGCAGAGUCACUGCCCUGGAGUUUUCUGGUGACAGCUCAUACCUAGUUACUAAUCUUGGACCCCUUAAUCUUCAGUCCAGUUGUAGCAUUCACUCACAAAAUAUACCUUCGGAGAGCGUCAAAAUUUGUCUGCUAGAUAGGCAAUGGAUAGCUCUUCACGGCAAGAAGGCCCUGUGGCUUCCUCCUGAGUAUCGGCCUAAGUGUUCGGCGGUGAAAGGAAGAACUCUUGCUCUAGGUGACGACGGAAGGAAGCAGAAGAGCUCAGGGCGCAGGUGCUUGGGCCAGAACAUUCCGGUAUUCUGA